CGCCGCCGCCGCGGCCCCGCCGCCCGCCGCGGGCGCCCACCAAAGCACUUUGCAGACUCGCUUCCACCCUGCGGGCCAGUCCGCGCGGCGGGGCCCGGGCCCGGGGCGGCCGCGUUCCGGGGACAGGCCAUGCAGUGAAGCCCCCGCUCCCCCCGCAGCCCCCCGCGCCCCACCGCCCCGUCCACCUUUGCCCAGAGCCGCGGGCAGCAGCCCCGCGCGGCGCCUCGCCGGUCCCGGGGCAGGAGCGGUUCUAGGCAGGGUGGGGUGGCCCAGCCCGGGGACCGGGAGCCGGGGAGGGCGCCGGGCACCGAGCGCAGGGCGGGGGAAAGCGGCGCCGAAGUUUGCCGCGGACUCGCCGGGCGCCGCGGCCGCUGUCUUCGCCGAGGUUUAUUUUCUUGAAAAGGCUCCAGGCUUCGGCUUGGAAAAUCCAACCGCCAAAAUUGAGCCCAGCAGCUGGAGCGGCAGCGAGAGUCCUGCCGAAAACAUGGAAAGGAUGAGUGACUCUGCUGAUAAGCCCAUUGACAACGAUGCUGAAGGGGUGUGGAGCCCCGACAUUGAGCAGAGCUUUCAAGAAGCAUUGGCUAUCUACCCACCAUGUGGGAGGAGGAAAAUCAUCUUAUCAGACGAAGGCAAGAUGUAUGGUAGGAAUGAAUUGAUAGCCAGAUACAUCAAACUCAGGACAGGGAAGACGAGGACCAGAAAACAGGUGUCUAGUCAUAUACAGGUCUUAGCAAGAAAGAAAGUUCGAGAAAUUCAAGCCGCCAUUAAGGUGUCUAGUCACAUUCAGGUUCUUGCCAGAAGGAAAUCUCGUGAUUUUCAUUCCAAGCUAAAGGAUCAGACCGCCAAGGACAAGGCCCUGCAGCACAUGGCCGCCAUGUCGUCCGCCCAGAUCGUCUCGGCCACCGCCAUCCACAAUAAGCUGGGGCUGCCGGGGAUCCCACGCCCCACCUUCCCGGGGGCACCGGGGUUCUGGCCCGGAAUGAUCCAGACAGGCCAGCCAGGAUCCUCACAAGACGUCAAGCCCUUUGUGCAGCAGGCCUACCCCAUCCAGCCAGCAGUCACGGCCCCCAUUCCAGGGUUUGAGCCUGCGUCAGCCCCAGCUCCCUCCGUCCCUGCCUGGCAGGGCCGCUCCAUUGGCACAACCAAACUUCGCCUGGUGGAAUUCUCGGCUUUCCUUGAACAGCAGCGAGACCCAGACUCGUACAACAAACACCUCUUCGUGCACAUUGGCCAUGCCAACCAUUCAUACAGCGACCCAUUGCUUGAAUCAGUGGACAUUCGUCAGAUUUAUGACAAAUUUCCUGAAAAGAAAGGUGGCUUAAAGGAACUGUUUGGAAAGGGCCCUCAAAAUGCCUUCUUCCUCGUAAAAUUCUGGGCCGAUCUAAACUGCAAUAUUCAAGAUGAUGCCGGGGCUUUUUACGGUGUGACCAGUCAGUAUGAAAGUUCUGAAAAUAUGACCGUCACCUGUUCCACCAAAGUUUGCUCCUUUGGAAAGCAAGUAGUAGAAAAAGUAGAGACGGAGUAUGCAAGGUUUGAGAAUGGCCGAUUUGUAUACCGAAUAAACCGCUCCCCAAUGUGUGAAUAUAUGAUCAACUUUAUCCACAAGCUCAAACAUUUACCAGAGAAAUAUAUGAUGAACAGUGUUUUGGAAAACUUCACAAUUUUAUUGGUGGUAACAAACAGGGAUACACAAGAAACUCUUCUCUGCAUGGCCUGUGUAUUUGAAGUUUCAAAUAGUGAACACGGAGCACAACAUCAUAUUUACAGGCUUGUAAAGGACUGAACCUGGUUAUUUAUAUAUAUAGAUAUCUGUAUAUAUACACACACACAUAUGUGCACACACACACUCUCUCCAUUAUCCAAGGACUGACUGUAAACCUCACCACACAGGGGUGGGGCCCUGGCCCCAAGGUCACCCCAAUUUUUCUAAAUCCUAUUUGAGUGAAGUCAUUUUUUUUUUUUCAUGUGUUCAUACUACCAUUGUAGCUGUGAAGUUCCGGUACAGUUGUAAAAAGAGAAAUUGAGUUGUUCCUAUGUGUUCUUCAGACCUGCAGCCCACAAUUCCUCUGGAAGGGGGAACCUUGAAAACUCAGUCUCUGCAGAGACCUGUUUCUAAUUGUGGUAGAAAAUAAUGAGACAGAGCAUUUGCUAUGGGACAUUUACAGCCUUUAUACAAAUGUAUUUAGUUCUUUUUUUUUUCAACAUAAAAUUCUUGUUUUAAGAUACAAGUAAAAUUAAUCUUUAAAUGUAAAUGUAAAUUAGUACACAAACUAAGAAUCUUUAGACUUACCUUUGUAACUAAUUAGGGUUAAAGUUAUGAAAGAAUGUAAUUCACUAAAUUAUUUUUUAAAUGAAACUUUUCUUUUUGAAACCAAAUGUUAAAAUAUAGCCUUAAGAAAUGCUUGGUAGAAAUAUGCUAAUGAGACAAAUUUGUACUUUUUUUCCUCGAGGUUAAAAACUAAUCUCCUAAUUCAUUAAACUCUUAAACAGGUAUUACAAAGGAAGAAAAAUUCACCCCUUAUCCUUAACAUAUAUAGUAUAUUUAAAAAUAUAAAAUUGUAUUGUACUAAUGUCAUGAUUGAUUAUUUAAUGAAAAAGAGAAGAUGGCUCUUUCUGCAAUAAGUAGAUAAAUAAUGAAAAUCUAAAUCUACAACAUUUAUAGAAUGUGUGUGCAGUUAUAUUUUAUCUGGGCAACCAAAUUUUUUGAAAUGAGUAAAUAUUCAAACCACUGAAAUUUAGUGACAUAAAAUUAAAAUUGGCAUGAAUACUGCACUGUGGGCUACAAAGUACCGAAAAAUCCUGUGGCUGGGAGAAAAAUUUGAUCCACCAUCCAGUAAAAGGCUCAUCAGUUUUAGCAUCUGCUCCCUAGAAAAUUGCAAGUAUCCUUCCUCACCAGCCUGUGGAUAGAUUAUUUCUGAUGAUCCAGUAUGCAGAUUAGUCUGUUGUAACUAUAUGUGUAUGUUUGUGUUGGUAUAUACAUAUAACAUACACAUAUAGUCAUUCAAAACAUAUUUAUUGAAUGUCUAUUUAGUGUCACUCAGUCUGCUAGUGCUGAUAUGUAUGUGUAUCUCAAAUCUGUGUCAGUAGGUCUAGAUGCAGUCUCUUAAGAGCAUCCACUUUCUUGACAUCUCUCAAUAAGUCAUACUACUUUGUUUGUCUGGGCUUUGAGAGGCUCAUCUGUUUAACUCUGCCCUUUCAAAUAUGCUCAUCUGGGAGGAAGUCAAUCUUCCCUGGAGAGAGUCAACUUUUCCGCCCAAAUAUUCCAAAGCAUAUCCCAGGCAGCAUUGGUUAGCUAUGGCCGUAUGUCUUUGGCUAUUUCCAUAAGUGCUUCAUUGAUUGGGAAGGGGACAGGGCGUGCCCCACCCCCACCAGAUUUCUCCAUGAAAAGGGAUAGUUUUAUAAUUAUUAAGAAUCAAUUAACAAAGUAGCACAUAAAAUUCAUUUUAUGAGUUGUGAGCUAUGUUAAGAUUUUUUUCAUUAAGCCAGAAAAAAGAAAACUUGAUUCUGUCCCAUGUAAGUAACAAAACCUCCCCUUCCCCUCCCUCCAUCUGUUGUCUGCUGGCUUCUGCCCCAUACCUGGCCUCUCCUACACUCAUGCCACUGGUUACAGAAAGACCAGGAAAGAAAGUGCAACGCUCUCCCUGUUGAGUAUGCUCUCAUCCCCUACUCAGCCAGUGGGAUGGUGCUGUCUUCCCCUCAAAGGGAAGCUGCCUUUGGGUCUUCGGGUCUUGGGAGCCUUCAGGGGUUGCUCCAGUGCCCACCCAAGCCCCUGAGUUUCCUCCACUAUUAUCCCAUUAAUGACUUUAUGAUCACCCCUCUUGGGGGUGUUUCUCUGGUUCUGGUCUUCUGCAUCUUUCCUCAAGGGAACCCCCCACCCCCCGAUUUCCCAGGACCAUGACUGAAAGCCAGUGACCUUGUGUGACUCAAGGCACACCACUGCAGAAUUUCAGGGAUAGAGAUCUCUGGUUCCUGUCCCCACCAGGGAGUGAGGCUCUUCCGUGCUGCCAGAGGGCUCUUGGGAUUUAUCUUGCAAAGCACAACUAGCCUGGGAGCCAGGAGCAGCUCUAGGAAAAUUCUGUUGGCUGCAGAAAAGGGAAGACCAGGGCUGCUGAGCUCAGACACUCGGCUGGGCCUUCUGCGGCCUCCCUGCUAGCACCCCCUUUACCCAGAGAGUUAGGAUUGGGGAGGGUAUCAUGAAUACCCUGAGGACUGCUUUUUGUUCUUAAAAACUUCUAAGCCUUUCCCCCAAUGAAUUUCUUAUCACCAUCUUCUAAAAGUCUCUCCAGGGCAGAUUUUGCUUCCCCCAUCUUCACCAUCAGAUCAUUUACCCAAAACUCUUGGUUUUAUCUCUGUCUUCCUCCAGUCAGACCCUGGCUGGUGCAUUAGAACUCACAGUGCCAGACCAUCUUAGUUCUCUCAUCUGUAGUUUGGGGCCUCUCCCAGUGUCAGCAAAAGCCUUUGAACCCUGUCCAGGUCUUCCCCAGGUCCCCACAGGGUGCUCCCUCCUUCCUGGUGGCCCUCCAGGGCCAGUUUGGUGCAGGAUUUUCACAUACUUCUGCUGCAUUAUACCAAGGUUUGUUUCCAUAGUCAGCUCCAGGACACUGACAUUCUCACCAUUCUCGAAUCCCUAAAUGUCCAUGUCAUUCUUGAGACAACCCGGCUUCUCAGUGUGGCUCUGUGGUGGGCUGUCCUCUGCCCUAUUAUGUGUUUUACAAGCCCCCUAGAUGCUGGGAGCACCCUCCACCUCCCAAAAAAAGGUCAACAUGGAGCAUUUCGUUACCAUUCAAAAUGUCCAGAUGUGGCCUGUAUCACAUGGUGCACAGAAUAUCCCCCCAUUGCAGCACAGCCGCCCUGGCUCCUCCAGUCCCAGAUCCCACCAGGAGCAUCUCUGUUUUCCCCAGAUCACCCUGAGAAAGCUGCGCUCCUGCGAGUUUUGUUCCGGGGUGUCAGGAGCAGGCAGGGAGACUCGUGACAUGUCUCUGGACGUGUCUGUGGUUCUUCCUGUUUCAGAAUCCCCCCUUCACAGCACUCUCUCUUGCCCCAAGUAGUCUAUCAUUCAUCCCUAGGAACAUAGGGAAUACCCAGCAAUUCUGUUUAAAGAGUACUUCUCGUUUGAUCUGCACACGUUAGCCUGCCAGUUGUACUUUUUAUUUUUAAUCCCAGCUGUUUCAUUAUUCCUCAUAAGCUCCUGCAUCUCACUAUCAAAUCUUUCAUCCAUUCAGCAUAUUUCCUCCAACCUUCUACUUUGAAACUUACACUCAGUGUUGUUUAUAGAGUUGAUGGAAGCCUCUAGAACAUUGCAUUACUAACAGGAACAUUGCAUCCCCAGCAGUGGAGGAAAGGGGUGGCUUCCAGCAGGGGGCAUCCCCAGACUGGCUCAGAGAGAGAGAGAGAGAGAGAGAGAGAGAGAGAGAGAGAGAGAGAGAGAGAGAGAGAGAGAGAGAGCUCAGUCGCCUCCACUUCUGGUUGAAGUUCAGGGGGCGGGAGAUGAUUUGUCUGAAGUAACGGGCUGGAGUGGGGGGGGUAGCAGUUGAGUCAAGGUGAAGCUCCAGAACUCUAGCCACUUCAUCUGGGGCCCCUUCCAGUAAAGGGGAUCCUUUUUGGUGCUCAUACUGACACUAUCCCUGCAACUAUGCGGACAGGGUCAGCUCAGAAGGGAGGGUGGUUCAGAUCCCCCUUCUGCCAAAGCAAUGGCAUCAUCACCCGAUGCCGUCACUCCCACUCGAGGGCCCGUGGAGGCGCCACAGCGGAUGGGAGAGCUGAUGAGCCUUUUCAUGUCCUCUCACCUGCCACAGGCUCCAAGUGAACAUUGAAUUUGCUCACACCCAGCAGCAAAGUCCCACACUCAGACCAGCCAACAAACAGCCCCGUCCCCACGACUUGGUGUUCAAGUCCCCAGAUGACUUCUAAACCCAAGUCGUCUUUAGGUCUCAGGACUGUAGUGGCGUCAGCAGUUUGUUUUGUACAACUAUAAAGUAUUGAAAUUCUAGGAGAUGACGGUUAAUUUUACAAACCAGGUACACACGAUUUGUAUAAUUUUGUCUAUGCUCUGGUACACUACAUCUGUCCUAAUGAAGGGUGGAACCCAUUCUGUGCAUUGGUGUUCACCCCUGUGACGUUAAGAGGCUGUGUCUGCAUUGCAUAUUUCUUUCUGUUGAUGUUUCUAUGGCCAAGCCCUGCAGAUGUCAUUUCUGAAAAGCCUUAAAUCGUUGCGAUGUUACGUGUAGGGUAUGCAGUGCAAAAGGCUGCCUCGGAACUGUGAGCCCUUUUCUAAGCUGGAAGCAUUUCUCUUGCUACCGUUACUUUUUUAGGAAGUUUUACAUUCAGAGCUGCCAAAGCGUUCCAGUAAGCAGUGCCUUAGUGAUACUUAGUCGUGCCGCCUUUUCUCACAGUUUUCCACAUCCAUUUACUAAUUGGCCCAGUGUUCAAAAGAGAAGGAGCCAAAAAAAAAAAGAAAAAGUUUUCCUUUUUGUUUAGUAAGCCCAUUUUUCUCCAAUUCCUUGGGAAACUGACUAUUUGGUCAGAAAUCUGAAACUGAACCUGUAGUAUCAGUUCUGUGACCACACCCUGAAAUGUAUAUACCAAAAAAACGGGAGGUCUUGCAACUUCAUAGUUUACUAUGAAAAGCAAAUUGUACUUUUAAUGUUGCCUUUUAAAUUCUCGACCAAAUACGUAGCUAUUUGUGAAUUUCUGCACUCUAGCAUGAAAGUGCCUUUGGUUUGAGAUUCCAGCUUAGAAAAGUGCUGCCAUAAUUAAGAUAAUUUGUAGAGAGACCAAAAAUAUUUUGAGAUCACCGUAAUGCCUUUGGUUUCCCGGGUUGAGUCACCAACCACAGGCCUCUGUUCACAAGAGCACGACGCGGGCCCCACCUUGCUGUGAUCUACACUGCCACCACCACCCUUCACUGGGAACACACACAGCAGCAGGAGGGACCCCAGGAACUAUGUGUGUGUGUGUGUUUGUGUGUUGGUGACCUCGGGGGUCCUCCCAACUCAUCACCCCGCCUCCAAGGGAAGGAGCCUACACAGACACACACACACACACACACGAGACUCGGGCUGGUGGAUGGAUCUGUUCUCUCCUCGUGUUCCUGUUCCAUCUCUGGGAGGCUUCCGCUCCUUCCUUUGACAGUGCGCACUUAAUCUGGUUUCCAGAUACCAUGAGACCGUUCUGAAAGUUGGAUGCCUCAAACCGAGAUGACAGUGCAGAGUAAAAAAAAAAAAAGAGUUAGGGUCAUUCCAAUCCAAGUGUUCUUCUUUAGGACUCUGAGUGUUGUGCGUGAAUGUGCUAAGAGAAACUUCCAAAGAGCACCACCAUUCACAAUUGGGCCUUUUCAAAGAAUGGUUCAGCCCCACCAAAGGGCGACUCUUUAAAGUCUGUAUUGUUGGUUUUGUAUCAAAUCAAAAGCUCAUAUCAAUUAGGAAAACUGAUAGAGAUAAAGAAGAGGAGUGAAAAGGACACAAAGGCCAAAACACCAGCCAAACAAUAGCCAGGGGGAAAAAUACAUAAAGAUAUUUCUUUACCAUUAUAGACUUUAAAAUGACAUCAGACAGCUUUGAAAGUUAGCCUCUGAACUCUUAAAUCCAGAUGUCCCAUCUGUCUCUACCUGGUGUCUUUAAAAUUACCCUCUUUGGGCUCUGGAAUUUCAGGAGUGAUUUCUAUCCGCACCAAGUCAUAGAAAUGGCUACAUGAAAAAAUUAAAGGAAAGGAAAGGAAAAUUACUUCACACAUGUUCUAGUCAGUCUCUUAAACCCAGCCCCUCCCUGUCAGUACAGUCACACAACUUGAAAGAAAUUAGCCAAUAUUUGAUUUCUGCUUCUCUUUUCAACUGUUACUGUGCUUUGUUUGGGAGUAGUUUUAUCUCAUGGACUCACUGCUUAGAUUAAGAAUGGAGGUUUUGUGUUUAAAACAUAUUGCAUCGCAAAGAACCAUUUUGCUGAAUUCACGCACCGUUAAGAUGAAGUAUUUGUAUUUAUUGCCCCAUUUCCUUAGUCCUAACUUGUUUUUAUCCUCUGUGACUUUGCAUUGAGUCGUAUGCCACAUCUUGUGGCAUCACUUUAGCAUUUGUGACCCCUCUCAUUCACCAUUCACCAGGGUCCGAUUCCAGUAGAUUCCACCUCUCAGGUUGAGUCUCGUCUGCCUUUCAUCAUGAACUCAUUUCUCCUUCCCCUUUCUCUCAGAGAGGUGCACAGAAUCCAGGCAUUAAUAAUUGGAAACCACUCUGAUUUCCAUCUUCCUUCCUUCCUUCCUUCCUUCCUUCCUUCCUUCCUUCCUUCCUUCCUUCCUUCCAUUAGUAAUUUUCUGUGAUUGUUUCAUUGUGUCAAUUAGAUUCUAAAUGCACUUCUUAAAAAAAAAUGCAUCUCCCUGUUACCUCCUUCACUUCUGUGAGCCUUUUCUAAUAGGGUCAUGACUGCAAAUGAGGAAGAAAAGUUAAAAACAAAAACAGUACGUGCCUCAAAAAAAAAAAACUACAAAAAAAAAAAAACCUUUGUAACAUUUUAAAAAGAAACCUGAAUAGCCUUUAAUUCUUUAAUAUGCUUCGAUUUUAUGUACAUCAGUUUUUGCCACGUGUAUUUGUUCACAUUCUAAAUGACUUAAUGGGAAUCUCACGGUCUGUGUCUUUGUGUCACAUGUAUGAAAUGGGCUCGUGACGUAAGCGUUUCAUCUGGUCAGUGGUUCCUUUGAUAUUGUACUGCUGCCCUGAGUGGGCUCUGGAGCCUGCCUUUAGUAAGGAGGUUCCCCUGGGGUAGAUGGAGCUAUGGGAGGGUGGGGUCAAAUUUUCACACUUGUUUUCUUAACCUAUUUGCAGAAACCUUCAAAAGGCAUUUGGUUAAACCUCUUGGCAGUACAGUAUUCUUGUAUUUGUUAAUGUCUGUGUUUAGGUACUGGUACCUUUUUGUUUAAAAAAAUGUUCUAAGUGUUGGCUUUAAAGUGAAUUUAUCUUUAGUAUGAUAGUUAUAUGAAAAUUAUAGGGUUUGUGUGCAGAGAAUUUUUUUAUAAAGUGCUUUGUAAAAAGAAAAAAAAUGUAUUCUAGCUUUCGCGGUACAUAUGUGUGAUAACUUUAAUAUCCAUGACAGUUAAGUGCAAUUAUUUCAUCACUCUAAAAAUGCUAUUUUUGUGUCAGUUCCUGCAGGUGUUUUCAUGUCUUUGCAAAGUGACACAUUUUGAUGCCUUCUUGAUAAAGUGGUAGACAUUUUGUAGCUUUCUAGAAACUUUGUAUUCAUACGGUAUCAAUGAAAAAUAAAGAAAAUGAAAGUGUG